CGGGUGUAAACACCAUUCCCCCACUUAAUGGGUGCUUGAAACAUCUCCACCCCUCCUCUGUAUUUCUGCGGAAUAAAAUCCUAUUUAGCUGUCAAAAUGGCAGUGUGUAUAUGUUUGUUUUUAAUGUGUGAGUAAGCUCAGCGCCAUGUGUUUACUCAAUGUAACUCUCGUGUUGGUGGGCGGACUUGUCAUGAACAAGCUCCUCCUCAUCAACCUAACUUGAAACGGGGAAGGGGGGGGGGGUACGAGAGACAGCCGCCCGCCUUUGCCGCGGCGCCAUUGGCCGCGGCGCCCGGGCUUGCCGGUAAGCCGCGAUGGUGGUUGGAACAAGCGCCUUCUCGUCAGGGUUGUCCCCGCCCCGUUCUAUGACGUGCGGGCAGCAGGUUAGGUGGAAGUGCCGGAGUUCGGCGUAGUACAAUACCCUGGUUGUGUGCGCGAGGGGAGGAAAGUGGGACAAAUGGUAAGGCAGGGUCAUGAAGGUUUAUGAGUGUUGUUAGCAGCGAUCUGCGGACGCGACGCAGCUCUUCGCUCGCUUGGUGCUUUUGUUUGGAAAUCACAGCUUCCUUUUGGAGCUUCGACGACUUGUGACCGUUCUCGUUUGGCCCGAAGUGACUUGUCGGUCUCUUUUUCUUCUUUGGCUGCCGAUUUCUGAAGUGACGGAGCAACUUUUCUCUCGACUUUGUUUUUCCCCUCGCGCAGCCCUGCAAGAGGGGAGGCGGAAGGGUGGGGAGGGGGGAAAAUAACUUCUUCGAGAAUAGAUUGAAGCGAGUCCUGCCUGGUGUCAUGGCUGAGGCACCGCCGCUGCAACAGGUCGUGGAGAUCGACCCCGAUUUCGAGCCCCAGUCCCGGCCGCGGUCGUGCACCUGGCCGCUACCCCGACCUGAUUUCAGCUGCGCUUCCUCGCCGGCUUCGGUCAAGCAAGAAGGAGCGAGCGAGUUCAACCUGACCCCGGAAGGAGCCGGCCGUGUGAGCGCUUCGGUCUCGCCGGCUCUGGUGUUGGAGGAGCAGGACGAGGACUUCGACCAGAAGCCGGUUGUUCUGGCGCCCGAGUGCUGCGGCGACUUCCACUGCCAGCACCAGGAUGGUUGUCACCAUCAACAUCAGCACCAGCAGCUGCAGCAGCAGCCGUCGCCGGCUGGAGCCGCGUCGGCAGCCCAGAGGAAGAGCAGUUCGUCCCGGAGAAACGCUUGGGGCAACCUGUCAUACGCCGACCUCAUCACAAAAGCCAUCGAGAGCUCUCCUGAAAAGAGACUUACCCUGUCCCAGAUUUACGACUGGAUGGUCAGGAGCGUGCCCUACUUCAAGGAUAAGGGAGACAGUAACAGCUCUGCUGGAUGGAAGGUUACCAUAAUGAUGGUGGGGCCAGGCAAAUCUUCAGAAGGAAUGUUGCCAAUAAUGCAAAAUAUAGCCAUGAAGCAAAGAAAAACCAUGGAAAACUCAAUCCGUCAUAACUUGUCACUGCACAGCAAGUUUGUACGAGUUCAGAAUGAGGGAACUGGCAAGAGUUCUUGGUGGAUGCUAAAUCCCGAAGGGGGAAAGAGUGGAAAAUCUCCAAGGAGAAGAGCAGCAUCUAUGGAUAACAACAGCAAGUUUGCAAAAAGCAGAGGAAGGGCAGCUAAGAAAAAGGCAGCUCUUCAGGCAGGUCAAGAUGGCAGUGCUGAUAGCCCUGGAACACAGUUCUCAAAAUGGCCUGGAAGUCCGAACUCCCAUGGUAACGAUGAUUUUGACGCCUGGACCACUUUCAGAACAAGAACUGGUUCAAAUGCUAGCACAUUAAGUGGAAGGCUCUCUCCUAUUAUGACAGAACAGGAAGAUAUUGGCGAUGGUGAGGUUCAUCAAAUGUCACCCUUAGUCUACCCGGGUAGCUCCAGUAAAAUGGCAUCAACACUACCAAGUCUAAGUGAGAUGACUGGUUCUAUGAACAAUUCUAUGACUGAAAAUGUAAUGGAAGAUCUCUUGGACAAUCUGAAUCUUUUGUCCCCAAACUCAUCUCUGGUAGCAUCCACUCAGCCUUCGUCAGUGUCACUAAUGCAGCAAAGCACUGGCUACUCAUUUGCACCCCAGAACACAGCCAUUGGUUCACAGACCCCAGAUUACAGAAAAUGCCUCUACGCUCAGAGCAGUAUGAAUUCUCUGCAGCAAAUGCCUAUGCAGACCUUUCCAGAGAAAAAGCAGAACUUUGGGCCGCUCACCCAAUAUAACUGCCCAAAGGGGCUGCUUAAAGAGUUACUAACUUCUGACUCACCUCCACACAGCGAUAUGUUACCACAAGUGGAUACUGUGGUAUCACAAGCUAACAGUAGAAUGAGCAGUCAGAAUAUGAUGAAUCCCACCACAAUGUCCUCAUUUGCUAACCAGGGAGUUCACACCAAGUUGAUGAACCCCAACAUCCAGCAACAUCCAGUACAUGGCCAGCAUUCAGUUGCAAUGAAUGGCUGCGUCAUACCUCGUACCGUGAGCAUCAUGACUCACCCUUCAAAUGUCCGACAUCUUACAGCCCCAAAAAACCAGAUACACGUGCCUAUGUCUUUGCAACUUAAUACAAUGGAUCCAUACCAUAUUAAUAGCAACGGAGGCUAUGGAAGAAUGAAUAUUGCUGCUGUGAAUCAAGAGAAACUCCCUAGUGAUUUGGACGAUAUGUUCAUUGAAAGCCUGGAUUGUGAUGUUGAGUCCAUUAUUCGUAAUGACCUUAUGGAUGGUGAUACUUUAGACUUUAAUUUAGACUGCUAUUCAAACAGUUCAAAAGCACCCACACACAGCUGGGUAUCUGGCUAAAUUUUUACUAAGAGGUUUAUCUGAAGAUACCAUGACUGGAUUGACAUCAGGAGUUGGGAAAAGCAAUCCAAAGAUGUCCUUCACCCUAGUUGAAUUCUCUUGAAACAUAUUCCCUUUUCCCUUUCAUCAUACUUGGCAACACAGAACAUUUUCCUGCACAGGAUGUUUGCCCAAUGUUUGCAGGUUAUGUGCUGCUGUAGAUAAGGCCUUUGGAAUUUGGAGCUGUUUGGUUAAAAAGUGCCAAACUCACUACAGAAUGUCAUUUCCAAAACAUAGAUGUGUUGUGUGCUUAAUUAACAAUUCUUUUUCUAACUAUGAGCAUUACAUGGGCCUGAUCUGGUUGUUAACUGUGGCUGUAACAAACUCUGGUUCCAAAAUCCUAGAUCUCUAACAAAUUCUAGUGGUGUAUUGUGGAAAAACUUAGCAAGUAACACAUUUGCCAUUUGUUUUAAAGCAUCGUCAUCACUCGCCUCUCAGGCUUGUCUGCAGCUAAGCUUGAGGUUGGUUUUCAAGUCUGUGGAAUUGUGACAUUUAAUUGCACUAGUUAUUUUAAAUAAUUUGAGCCAUAAAACAGACUGCUUGCACAUUCAAUGUUUUUGAUGCUGUUUGUUUUUGCUGUGCCUCUUUUUAGAAAUUAAUCCAACAAUGUUCACAUGCUAAUGAAGAAAAAUGAAGAUCUUUUAAAUCAAUUCUUAAAAAGAUUUUGUCAACCUAGAUUUUAAAUCUUAUUUUAAAGAAUGCGGAAGGGGGAGACUGUACUUUAUCUGAACUCAGGAAAUUGAAUUGGCUCACUUAACAUGCUCAUCUUGAAAUAAUGAUUGAACAGUAAAAAUAGGGGUUCCUAAUUUGAACCCAGUAGUUUCCAAUAUCAAAUGUCAAUUAAAAAUUAACCCCUCUUUCCCAAUAAUUACAUAUUUAAGGAGACCAGUAAAAUAUCUUGUAAAAUAUUGUUUACAGUAUCAAUAUUGUUAUGCUCUUGAAAUGCAGUGUGAUAUUUGCAGUGAGCUUUUACAUUCUCCAUAGAAUUUCUAUGGCUUUGCUAUCCUUUGCUUGGGUGUGCUGUCCACAUGGGAAGGUGGAGUAUCCUAUGCUUCCCAUACGACUUGCAUACCAUCCAAUCACUGUUGACAUGCAGUCACCUUUUAAGUUGCAAGAUUAUUUCAGAGUAAUCUAAGCCUUUUUGUUUCCUUUGACUAUUUUUGACUUGUUUUUUAAUUCUGAAAGGGUUUUAUUUUGUAUCACAAGACUGACUUCUACGUUAUGUAAAAUAAUUUUAUGAUAACUGGCAACUUGUCAUUGGUACAAGGACCCAGUGAGUGAUGACCACAACUGUUGUGUCUGCUGUCUGGGUAACAGCCAAUGGAGGAAUUUUCUACUUAAACUGUCUGCACUUAAGAUUGCACUUAACCACCUCAAUGAAAAGGAAAUGGCUUAUAUUUCUAAAACAGAACAAUAUUGCUUUUUGAUAUUGACAGUAGAUUUCCACAUAGCUCUUUAAUUUUGGAUAUGAACUUUUCUUUUACAAUAUCCAGUCUGCCUAGCUUUUGAGAAAUGUGAAUUGUCAUUAAGGUAGUUGAUCUUAAAAGCCGAGGCAACAAUGUUUUUGGCCAUGCCUAGAAUUUAUCCCUGUUUAAUUGUGAUAUAUCAGAGCCUUCUAUUCUGCCUUUCAAAGUCAUACCACCUUAAUGGUAUUGAGUAGAAUGGUGAUGCUGAAACAGUUGUAUCGAUUUGUCUCUUGGCAGUGCAUUCCAGACACCAAAAUAUUUUAAACUUCACCCUCUUACUUUAAACUCUUCCCUCCAGUAUUUGGCAUUUGCACCCUCAGGGGGGAGGGUGUACUCUAGCUCUGUGACUCACAACUUUAUAUACUUCUACCAGGUCACCCCCACAGCCUCUGGCACUCCAGAGAAGAAUACCUAAAUGUGUCCAAACUUCCCUUGCAGCUGAUACACUCCAGUCCGUUCAGUAUCCUGGUGAAUCUCUUCCACAUCCCUUUCAAAUCCUCCACUUGUUUCCUAUUGUGUGGCGAUCAGAACUACACCCACAUUCAAAGUAUUUUAUCUAACACUUGUACUCAGCAUUCUGACCAGUGAAGGUAAGCAUGCUGUAUGCUUUUUAUCACCCUUUCAACUUGGGUUGCCACUUUCAUGCACUUGCAUGCCAAGAUUCCUCUAUAAAUGAAUGCUCCUACAGAUUCUGCCAUUUACUGUAUAUUUUCCUCUUACAUUUGACCUCCCAAAAUGUAUUGCCUCUCGCAAAACCAGAUUAAAUUCCAGUUGCCAUUUCUCUAUCUAGAUUUCCAUUUUAUCCAUGUCCUGUCAAGUUCCCCUGUACCCACCAUCUGAGCCAGGUGAUUCUGGGUUGUUCUGCCUCUGUGGAUACAAGAAAAUGAUUUAGAUUAAAAUCUCAGUGUAAUCAGGGCAAUGUGUACUAUUGAAUAUGGUUUUUAAGAUAUUAGAUUAGACUACUGUAAGAGGCCCUAUGCAUUACAGAGAUUAUAUCAUAUGUGAAGAUAAAGAUUAGCUUUAUUGGUUGCAAGUACAUUGAACCAUACAGUGAAAUGCAUUGUUUGCAUCAAAUCAAAUUAGUGACGAUUGUGCUGAACUGCCUGCAAGUGUUGCCAUGUGUCUCGCGCCAUUAUAGCAUGCUCUGAACUCAACCUUAACCGCACGUCUUUAGAGUGUGGGAGGAAACUGGAGCACCUAGGGGGUUGGGGUGGUGGAGGAGGAAACCCCCUAACGGUCACAGGGUGAAUGUACAAACUUCUUACAGACAGCUGUGGGAAUCGAACCCUGUUUUUAUUUUAUAAUUUUUCCAGUUGACACUGUAAAGCGAUGCGCCAACUGUUAUGUUAUUGUGCCACAUCUUAUUCAAACAGCUAGAACCAUAAAACAAGAUAAUAUUGUCAUUUAUUUUAUUAUCUACUUUUGGGAACUGUUAAAUGGACAACAACCACCAUGACUGCCUACAUAACACAAAUGGUGCUUGUCUCUAUCACUGCACAGACCUCCAUUAUAUACACAAAAGGAACAGCGUGAUCCAUAUGCCUGAGUUCUCAGUCUUAGCUAAACUUCUGGUUUACAGCAAAGACCGAUCACAUUUUGGAUACUUGCCAUAGUUGUGGCUACAUGUGUUCUCCAGCAUUUUCCCCCUCCCUUUCGCUCACCCCAGUAGCUUACUUUCAUCACUGUAUUUGUAGAAACAUAAUAAUUGUUAUCUUUAUUGGCACAAUUACUAGAGACUUUUAACAAUACAGUCACACUUUAAUAUUAAAGUCUGUGGUUGUUUGCAUAGGGUUUUGGCAAUGUCAACAAACAAAAGUCAUAAAGUCUGCUUAACUCAUUAACUUUGUUACAGCACAUUAUUGAUGGCCAGAUCAGAUGACAUUCAGUGUUAUAGCAGCAUUUUAUUUGACCAUAAACUGACAUGUUUGAAAAGUAGCUUAAGAAUGAAAAAUUGAAGAGAUUCGCAUUUACAUUGACAUUGUUAAUGUGAUUAAAAAAAAACUUUAUCCCUUUAUUUAAAGGCAAGUUCUGCGGGUCAUAAAUGGUCUUGACUUUUUUCUCCUCCCGUUUUGAGUUUACAGAAUCACACAAAAAGGGGCAUCUUGCACCUUCAGAAUUUUAUAUUAAACUGGAUUAAGUGAGGUUUUUGUAUGUAGUAUGUUAGAUUUUUACAUCGUAGGGGGUGCUAUUAAGUGAUGGUGUUUGUUUUUGUAAAUACUCAAAAGCAUAUGAGUUUUCUGAGUUAGAUUGCUGUUGUGGAUUUUUUUUUGCGCAGGGACUUGUGUAAAGCUGUAAGUUUUUUUUAAUUUUUUUGAACAAUUAUUUAACAAUCAGAUUCCUUUUACAAGUUUUCAUUCAGCUUCAGAUUAUACUAAGUUUAAAGUACCACAAAGUGUUACAGAUUCUCAGCUAGAUGUUCAAAUAGGUUCAUAACUGUAUUUUAUUGGCCAUUUUACAACAGAAACUCAAAGCUUUAAGUAGGUCUACCUUAAUUCUAAAUGAUUAAUUGCUCUGUGAAAUGUGCAGAUUUACCUAUGCAUACAAAGUCUUACUUUGAACAUUCUUGCAAAUUUGUACUGUUAAAAAUAUAUUAGAGCACAAGAUAUUUUAACUGUAACAGAAAGACUUAUUGUUCCAGAUAUAGUUAAGUGUAACCAAAUGUGUCAUAUAAAGUUUAUUUAGAAGUUAGCAAUGAAACUCUUAUUCUUUUGAUAAACUUGUAUACUUCAGUAUAACUGAUGAUUGCGAUGACUGCCUAAUGUAAGUAGCUAAUCAGAUUCAGCAGAACAUCCCUAAGGAAGAGGGAAGAAAAAAAACAUUGGACCAAUUGUUUUUAAUAUAGAAAAUUAAUUGCACUUAAACUUUAACUGUUUUAUUAAACAUACUUUUAUGAAUCAUUAAUGAAAUCUAAGUACUUACAUUUAAUAACUUAUACUCGAUGCAAAUGUGACUUAUCUAUUGGAUCCAGUUUAUAAGUAAAAGUUUCAGUAGGAGUAGGUUUCAAAAAAAACAACAAACAAAAACUUAACCAAUUUGCACAAAACUGACCCUCAUUUUGAUGGAUGUUCCAUAGACCAACCAUAACCCAAAACUGGCGUGUAAAUAAUGCUUUGUCCAUUCUGCAAACUGUAGCAGUACUUGAAAGCUUUCACAGCUUUAUAUCCUUUGAAUAAUGUAGACUGUAUCUAAAUAUAUUGUUUCAUAGACAAGUGCCUGAUAGUGUACAUUUAAGGACACCAGAACAAUCCUUUGCUGUUAUUGUAUGGAGCCAUAAUAAAUGUAUAUAAAUUCUG